AUGCGAGCCCUCGCAAGACCGUGGCUUAAAUGCCGGCGGCUCACUUCUCUCCCCAACCAUGCCACCAUCCCGCAGCGUCGUCACCUCCAUCUGGCGCCCCCGUUCCUCCUCGACGACUACAUCCCGAGAUACAUGACCCUUUCCUCGGUCGACUCGGCGAAGAAGCGGUCUCGCGCCUAUGCCCAUUUGAGUAACUGCAACCUCUGCCCGCGAUUGUGCGGGGUUAACCGGUAUGAGAAGACGGGAAUGUGCCUUAUUGGUGACAAGGCCAAGGUCAAUGUGAUUGCGCCACACUUUGGUGAAGAACCUUGCAUCCAGGGCCACAAUGGAAGUGGCGCCGUCUUCUUCUCUGGGUGUAACCUCCGUUGCGUCUUCUGUCAGAACCACGACAUUUCGCAUCAACGCAACGGCAUGGAUCUUACCCCCGAGGAGCUAGGCGAGUGGUACAUCAAGCUUCAGGAAGUGGGAAAGGUGCACAACAUCAAUCUCAUCACUCCGGAACAUGUGGUACCCCAAGUCGUGCUCAGCAUCCUGCACGCUGCGGAGCUGGGUCUGCGCUUGCCCAUCAUCUACAACACGUCGAGCUUCGAUUCGGCGGAAUCUCUCCAGCUGCUGGACGGUCUAGUCGAUAUCUACCUUCCUGAUUUCAAGGUGUGGGAGCCAAGCACUUCAAAGAGGCUACUUAAGGCAGAUGAUUACGCUGCCACAGCAAGGGAGAGCAUCAGGGAGAUGCACAAGCAAGUUGGUGAUCUGUGCUUUACCCCAGACGGAAUAGCCAAGAAAGGCGUCCUUGUUCGGCACCUCGUUAUGCCGGGUAAGGAAUCAGAAGCGGAAAAGAUCAUGCAGUUUCUCGCCACCGACAUCUCCAAGGAUAUGUUUGUCAACAUUAUGGAGCAGUACCACCCCGAUGCCCACGUUGGCAAGGCGAAACGAACUAGAAGGGGAGGAGGGGAAGGGAGCACCGCAGAGGGAGUGGAAUCGGGAACACAGGACGACGUCCGCUAUGCCGAAAUCAAUCGCGCCGCGACGGAGUCGGAGAUAUCUUCCGCACGCAGGGCAGCAGAGCAGGCUGGGCUUUGGCGUUUUUGCGACCCUCCAGGCCAUGAAGGUUUCAACAUUUGA